AUGGAAGGCCACGACACUGCAGUGGAGCUUUUGCUGUCCCAUGGCGCAGCUGUGGACAACAUCGACAAGGAUGGAGACACACCCCUUUCAGAUGCAAUACGCAAUGGCCACCCAAGCACAGUGGAGCUCCUGCUGAAGCAUGGGGCACGCACGGACAUAGCAAACGAGACAGGAGCAACCCCUCUUCUGCUUGUUUGGCAAAAGACAUGGUACGCAAACAACGACGAGCAGACUGCUGCGGAAAUCGUCAGGAUCAUGCUGGACCAUGGCGCAGCCCUGGAGGAUCCAAACAAUGAUGGCGUGACUCCGCUGAUGGCGGCUGCAAAGGAUGGCCACACAUCUGCGGCAGAGUUGCUCCUGAGCAAAGGGGCUUCCGUGAUGUCG